UACAUCGGCAAAAUAGGCGUCGUAAAGGGAGCAACGAAAGACUCUAUACAAGUGACAUUUUUCAUUUGGGGAGCGACCGAAACGCUUGCAAAAGAAGGCAAAAGUCCAGUCGAAGCAUGUCGAAACACUGUUGUUGAAGCAACUUACACCUGGCAUCCAAAGUCCGUCGUACUUGCGAAGGAAAUCUAUUUACUAGAUGGAGACCGAGCAAUAAUGAUCAGGGAUAAGGAUUUGAGCAAAGUAUCGAUGGUAUCUAUCCGUACACAAGUGGAUGAGGGAACGUUUAUCUUACGUCUACCACGUGCCGAACCAAUCAAUUGGAAGCAGUCGGACAAUCCGAACGAUGUCAUUUUGCCCAUUUAUUCUGGUUGGCAUUUACAGCAACGUUUUUAUAUUUGUGCCUAA